AUGCCCAAAACGAAGGCCGCUAUUAAUAGCACCAAAGAUGCUCCCGGGCGCCGCAGGAGUAGUAGGAUCAACAAGAACCUCCAAGAAGAGCAAGAAACAACCCCCAAAGAUACCCAUUCCGAAUCAGAGAACGAGUCAGAUAAUGAGGAACAGCAAACGUUUGAGUUUGAGGGAAACACCUAUGCUUCGUAUCAAGAAAUGGUGAAUGCCAAGCGGAAACGAAAUGAAAAUUACUUGAAGCAAAAUGGACUUUGGAAUCCCAUUAAGCAAACCAUCAAAAGUAAGGAAGCAUCCCAGAAUGGUAUUAAACGACGCAAAGUGACACCCCCAAAAGCUCCUAUGCGCAAAUCCAAUCGCUUGGCGGGGACUCCUGCAGAUGGACGCUUUGUGGAACACGAAGGCGGGGGUGGCUUUGUCAUUGUAGCGGCCGAAGCAAGCAAGGAUGGAGUGGUGACCAAGACUACUACGAGCACUCGAAAUUCCAAAAGUCUGCAACAGUCCACUACAGUCAUUGUCACGGGUGGCGACCGCAACCACAGUGCUCGGGUCAAUGAUGGAGCACCGUUAUCCCUGGAAGAUGCCGUCCAGAAUUGUGAUGGGAAAUGGAUUCAAGAAAACUCGGUUCCAGAGGCCCAAAAGUUUACGCAAGACACUUUGAAACCCAUCAUGACUGUUCCCGUAAAAGAGGAAUCUACGACAACAAAUAAUGGUAGUCCCACAUCCGUUGCAGCCGAAACUGCAUCCCCCAUGGAAACAGUCCGCAGCAAAAUUGAGCAACUAUCCAUUGACGAUGACAACCAUGUGGCCAAGGUGACGCCGGAUCGUAUCUACGGACUGGCAGUACAUCCUUCCACAAACAAGUUGAUUGUGGGAGCCGGCGACAAACUCGGUUACGUGGGACUCUGGAAUGUGGACGCUACUGGUGACACAGAUGGAGUGUACUUGUUUCGGCCUCACACCCGUCCCGUCAACACGUUGGAAUGGACGCCACAGGGGUUGCUCUCGUCGUCAUAUGAUGGAACCGUUCGAUACAUGGAUGUGGCCAAGGAGUCGUUUGAAGAAGUCUUUGCGAGCAACCCCAGUGACGAGGAGCAGUUCUACACGCAGUACCUGGCGCUGGAUCCUCGGGCAUCCAUUCGUGGUCAGUCCUUUUUCCUUUCGACGUCCAUGGGAAGCGUCAUGCACGUAGAUCGCCGAGUGGGUGCGGCCAAAGGUAAUAUCACGUUUCAUGCCAUGCUGAGCGAAAAGAAGAUCAACACGGUGAGCUUGCAUAGAGAUGGAUAUUGCUUGGCUACAGCUGGAUUGGACAGAACUGUCAAGUUUUGGGAUCUACGCAAGAUGACCACCAGAAAGAAGGUCUCGAACCCUUUUGAGCCCAAGGCAGCCUAUCUGGGAGAGCACUUCAACGAGAAAUCAGUGAACAGUGCGUUCUUUUCUCCAUCUGGCGACUAUCUCAUGACAACCAACAUGGCCCACACGCUCAACAUCUAUCACAAGGCCCAUUUGCAGCUCACGACCUCGGCAAGGUCGUCUGGUGGGGAGAAGAAAGAGAACCUAGUCGAGCCCAUUCACAUGAUACGUCACGAUAACCAUACAGGUCGCUGGUUGGCGACGUUCAUGGCACAGUGGCACCCAUCUCUGGAUAUCUUUUGUGUUGGAAGCAUGGCCAAGCCACGGGCUGUGGACGUGUAUGAUGGAGAAUCAGGAGACCAUAUGAGAGCCAUCCGAGGAGAAACUCUCUCCUCGGUGUUCAGUCGAUGCUGCUUCCACCCGUCAUUGGAACACCUUAUUUUGGUUGGGGGCAACUCAAGUGGAAGAGUCUCUGUAAUUCGAUAG